AUGGCUGAGACAAGACUCGGGUCUUCUGGAGAUAUUCAGUAUGUGGCUGUCGCGUUUGUGACUUCGGCUGCGGUUGCAGUUGCCUGGCAGGCAGCCGUCGCCUUUUUGUCGCGUUGCUCACCGCAGAACCAGGGGGUGGCGGCGGGAGGGUGGUGGGCGCUGCCGGUGUGGGUGGACCAGGGCGUUUGA